AUGAUAAUAUUUUUAAUAUUUGCAAGCUUAUCAAAUGGAAGUUUCCAAUGUAAAACGAAUGAGUAUUGGAGUCAAAAUGAAGGAGUUUGUAAAAGUUGUAGUCAACAAUGUUUAACAUGUUGGAGUGAUACGAAAUGUACUUCAUGUAGAGAAGGAUAUUAUCUUAAUGAGAAUUAUGGAUGUGCACAAAGAGAAGCUGGUCUUCAAGAGGUAUGUAAAACAUGGGAUGGAUUAUAUUGUGUAGAAUGUAAAGAAGGAUAUUAUAUAGAACAAAUGAAAUGUAAUUCAUGUAAUGUAAAGAAUUGUGAGAAAUGUACAAAAGAUAAAUGUUUUAAAUGUAAAGAAGGAUAUAUGCUUUAUGAAAUAAUAGGAAGUGAUGGAAAAGAGAAACAAGAAUGUAUUGAUUGUACAAAUGAAGAAAAUGAUGAUAAAUGUGGUAAAUGUCCAUUAGGAAAAUAUUUUGACAUUGAAACAUUUUCAUGUAAAGAAUGUAGAGAUGGUUGUGAGAGAUGUACUACAAAAGAUAAUUGUUAUCUUUGUAAAGGGGAUAAAGCAUUAAAAGAUCCAACAGAUCCAAAUAGUGAAUGUGUUUCAAUUUUACAUUGUACAUCAGGAAAUUAUUAUGGAAAUCAAUGUGAACUUUGUGAAGAAAAUUAUUUUGUUCAAAAAGGAAUGUGUGUUAAAUGUAGUGAUGGAUGUAAAAGAUGUAUAAAUGAAAAAGAAUGUAUUGAAUGUAAUAGUACAUUAUCAUUAAUUAAUGGAGAAUGUAAAAAUGAUAUAAAUUGUUUACGUUCAAGUAAUACAAUGGGAUGUGUUGAAUGUAAAGAAGGUUAUUAUUUAGGAAAUGAAGGUGAAUGUAAACAAUGUCCAGUUCAAUGUAAAUUAUGUAAAUCAGAUUCAUAUUGUUUUAGAUGUAAUGAUAAUUAUUAUUUUACUGAUGUUUCUAAUGGUAUUUGUAAUAAAUUAAAUAAUAGAAUUUGUAAUGUUGGUGAUCAAUAUGGUUGUUUACAAUGUAAAUAUGAUGUUCCAUAUAAUGAAUCAUUAGAUAAAACUGAUGCAUUAAAAUUUAAUGUACCAAUUGAUACUUCUUUUAAAUUAGGAUAUUAUUUACCUUAUUCAAUUACAUCAAAACGAGAAAUUAGUUAUGAACCAACAUGUAAAAUGUGUAAUAUUACUUGUCGUAUUUGUGAUAAAAAUCCAAAUUGGUGUACUGGAUGUAAUGCUGGAUAUUCUCUUGAAAAAGAUACUGAAGCAACAAUAAAAUAUUUUGAAGAUUUUGGUGUUUAUAAUGAUAUUUAUAAAUGUGUUAAAAUGCCUAGUAUUUGCAAAAAAACUGAAAUGGGAUAUUGUGUUCAAUGUGAUGAUAAAUAUUUUCUUCAAGGUGUUGAUUGUAAAGUUUGUGAUGAAUCUUGUGAUACUUGUUUAUCUGACAAAUCUUGUCAAACAUGUAACUCCACUAUUGAUCCUAAAACAGGUAAUGCAUUAUGGUGGAGACGUCCUUCAGAAAGUUCUUUAGAUACCCAAAGUUUAUGUUAUUCUACUAGCAAUCUAACACAUUCUUCAUUAUCAAAUUGUUCAGAUAAAAUAACUACAUCUGGUUGUAUAUCAUGUCAUUCUCGUUUUUAUUUAAAUGAUGGAGAAUGUCUUCCAUGUCCAACAGAAUGUUAUGAAUGUGAAUUAAAAAAUAAUAUUACAAGAUGUACUAAAUGUAGUCCAAAUACACAAUAUUUGUCUAAAGAAGAUAAUAAAUGUCUUGAAUGUAGUACUAUAGAACAUUGUUUAGAAUGUAACGAAAAAGGAUGUACCAAAUGUGAAGAUGGAUAUUCAGAAACAUCUGAUAGACUUUUAUGUAAGAAAGUAAGGCUUGGUUUAAUCAUCUCAUUAAUAGUUAUUGGUCUUCUUUUUAUUGUCAUUAUUAUUUGUUUUAUCAUCUUUUUAAUUUGGAGAAGACGUAGAAAAAUUAUUAAAGAAAGAGAAAAAGAGAUUAAACCAUUUAAAGUAAGUGGUGGUGUGGAAAUGGCUCUUCUUUCAGCUGAUAAUGCUAAUUUCCCAUUAAAAACAGAUAAAUGGAAACUAACAUUUGAACAUGCAGGAUCAAAAGUUAUUGUUGAUAAUUUAUAUGAAGAAACUAUUAAAAUAAUAAACCCAACAAAGAAAACAUAUUUCUUUGAACUACUAUUAGGAGCAUCUCAUAGAUAUGAACUUUCAGUAGAACCAAUGAGAUUUACAUUAAAACCUGAUUAUGCAGUUGAACUUAAAUUUAAAAUUAAAAUGAUAUGUACUGCUGUUGUUAAUGAUGAAAUUGGUAUUAUUGCAAUGGAUUUAGAUGAAGAAAUAAAAGAAACUGCUAAAAUUUCUAUUAUUAUUGAAUCUGAUUUAUCAACUAAAUUAGAUCAUACUGAAUUAAAACUUCAAAUGCCUGCUAUAGGUGAAGGUGCAUUUGGAAUGGUUUUUAUAGGAAGUUAUAGAGGUCAAAAAGUUGCUGUAAAAAAAAUGAAAGCAAGAACAUUAACUGAAGAACAAGAAAAAGAAUUUAAACAUGAAGUUAAUAUGUUAACACAAUAUAGACAUCCAUGUAUAGUUAAUUUAGUUGGAGCUGUUUAUACAGAAGGAGAAAUAUCAAUUGUAACAGAAUUUGCAGAUUAUGGAUCACUUUCUAAAUUAUAUAAAAAAGAAUUAUUACCUUUUGAUUUAAAAAUUAAGAUUAUGGAAGAUAUUGUUGUUGGACUUGCAUUUUUACAUGAAAAUAAUAUUAUUCAUAGAGAUGUUAAAGGUGAAAAUGUUUUAAUUUAUUCAUUAAACCCACAUUCUCAAGUUUGUGGUAAAUUAACUGAUUUUGGUACUUGUAGAAAUAUUUCUGAAAGAGCUCUUCAACUACAACCAUUAUCUCAUGGAAUUGGAACUCCAACUUAUAUGGCACCUGAAUGUUUAGCAAAUAGUAAUUAUUCUUAUAGUGCUGAUGUUUAUUCAUUUGCUAUAAUACUUUAUGAAACGUUUACUGAACAACAAGCAUAUAUUGAUGAUGAACGAUUUAUUCAACCUUGGACAAUUCCUCAAUUUGUUAUUGAAGGUCAUAGACUUGAAAAACCAAAUGAUAUUCCAGAAAAUUAUUGGAAUUUAAUCAAUCAAUGUUGGACUCAAGACCCUGAAGAUAGACUUACAUUUAAUCAAAUUCAUCAUAUUCUUAUUAACUGGAACCUUGAUAUUUGUAAUACUGAACUAUCAACAAAUAAAAAGGAUCCUUCUCUUGAUUCUCUUUCCAAUUAA